UCGUCAUUUUCUUGUUGUGGUGGGAAGAGACUCGAGCCAAUCUCCCCUUCAACCUCCCCUGUUGUGUAGUUGUUAUUAGUUUUUCUAUCCAUAACAUGUUUGCUUUUGUACAUCUCGUGAGUCCUUUUAGCCAUACUAAGAUAUCAAAAGGCCAUUUUAUAGUUUCUCCCAGUGGUCCCAGCAAACUAAAAUCCCACAAUAAUUAUAUGAAGAAAGCUACUGUACUGGCUUCUUCAUUUGGCAUGAAUGGUUCGAGCUUAGGUACUCUAGGCGGUGUCAAGUAUAAAAACUCUGGGGUUGCCAAUGAUGGUCGUUGUUUUAAGAUAACCUAUUGUCAGCCUAGUCAGUCAAGAGGUUUCAGUGGAAGAGAGUUGCAAAACGUUUAUACCACCAAGUUGGUUCCGUUUUCUUCUUGGUAUGCCGAACAACAACGUAUCAUGAAGAUGGGUGGAAAAAUAUUCAAGGUUGAGUUGGCAGUUGGGAAAAAGGAAAGAAAUGUGGGAAAUAUGUGACUCGACAUUGUUUUACUCGUCGUUGAAUAAAGUUUUCGUUUUGUCAUCAGAAAAUGCCUUUGAGCGGCAUAUUUUUUUUUGAAUUUGUUACGACUGACUGACUGACUGACUGGAU